UGCACUGCCUGGCAUCACAGUGGGCUCCAUCAGUUUCCAUUGGCGCUGCAGUGACUCAAUGAAACAUCCACCACUAAAAUAAACGCGCAGGACAGCGGAGGAUUUAGAAGAGUUGUGCUGCAUCUGUGCGCGCUUUCUCACUUUGGAUUUCAACACCAACGAUUUCGUGAACCUGGAUUUAAAUGCACGUCUGUCUGGACCUGCAGAAGGGAGUUAACAAGGCUGAGGCUCCCAUCAAGCUGGAGCUGAGGCACCCACAUCCAAGAUCCUCCUCUCUUCUGGGUGUUUGGACCUGAGCGACUCAGAUUGGCAAAUGCUAUGCAAGCCACGUUGUUUUACCAGGAUGCUGUCUCUCCCUUCCAGCUUUUAGCCUGAGGAAGAGGAGACAAGGGGCGUUGAGGAACCCAAGGGUGGACUUUAACCACUACAGACUUGGCUCAACACAGAAGAAGCAUGUCUGCUUGCAGAGGCUUUUCAUGGAUGUGUUCCAUCAUGGCUUUCCUGCAACUCUGGAUGGGAUUCGUGUCCAUCUGUGCAGUCGCAAUCCAGGGUCAACACUACCCUGUGGUCACCACCAACUAUGGAAAGUUGCGGGGAGUGAAAGUCACGUUACCCAAUGAGAUCCUGGGACCAGUGGAACAGUAUUUGGGGAUCCCAUAUGCAUUGGCCCCAACAGGGGAACGGCGGUUUCAGGCACCAGAGCCCCCGAUGUCCUGGCCGGGCAUCAGGAAUGCUACUCAGUUUGCUCCCGUUUGUCCUCAGUUUUUGGAAGAUCGCUUCCUACACAACGACAUGCUCCCUGUGUGGUUCACGGCCAACCUGGAUACACUCGUAACCUAUGUGCAAGAGCAGAGCGAAGACUGCCUCUACCUAAACGUCUACGUGCCCACCGAGGACGAUAUUCACGACGAGAACGGGUUGAAGCCGGUCAUGGUUUACAUACACGGCGGCUCCUUUAUGGAGGGAACUGGCAACAUGAUUGACGGCAGCAUCCUGGCGAGCUACGGCAACGUCAUUGUCAUCACAAUCAACUAUCGUCUCGGCGUUCUGGGCUUUCUGAGCACUGGAGACCAGGCGGCCAAGGGCAACUAUGGCUUGCUUGAUCAAAUUCAGGCUCUCCGGUGGAUCAAGGAAAACAUCCAGGCCUUCAAAGGAGACCCAAAACGAGUGACCAUUUUCGGCUCCGGUGCCGGGGCCUCAUGCGUCAGCCUGCUCACCCUCUCCCAUUACUCAGAAGAUAUGUUCCAGAAGGCGAUCAUACAGAGCGGCACGGCGCUUUCGAGCUGGGCAGUCAACUACCAGCCCGCUAAGUACACACGAGUCCUUGCCGAGAAGGUGGGCUGUAACGCGCUGGACACAUUAGACCUGGUGGAGUGCCUGCAGAACAAGAACUACAAGGAGCUGAUUGAGCAGUACGUGACGCCGGCAAAGUACCACAUUGCUUUCGGCCCCGUGAUUGACGGCGACGUGAUACCCGACGAUCCCCAAAUUCUCAUGGAGCAGGGCGAGUUCCUUAACUACGACAUUAUGCUGGGUGUCAAUCAAGGCGAGGGAUUCAAGUUUGUCGACGGCAUCGUGGACAGUGAGGAUGGCGUCUCCGCCAAUGAUUUUGACUUUGCUGUGUCUGACUUUGUGGACCAUCUGUAUGGCUACCCUGAGGGCAAGGACACCCUACGCGAGACAAUCAAGUUUAUGUACACCGACUGGGCGGACAAAGAGAAUCCAGAGAACCGGCGCAAGACCCUGGUGGCGCUGUUCACAGACCACCAGUGGGUGGCGCCAGCAGUGGCUACAGCUGAUCUCCAUGCCCAGUAUGGCUCCCCCACCUACUUUUAUGCUUUCUACCAUCACUGUCAGAGCGACAUGAAACCCAGCUGGGCCGACUCAGCCCACGGGGAUGAAGUACCGUAUGUCUUCGGGAUCCCGAUGAUUGGCCCGACGGAUCUCUUUAACUGCAAUUUCUCCAAAAACGAUGUGAUGCUGAGUGCAGUCGUCAUGACCUACUGGACUAACUUUGCCAAAACUGGGGACCCUAAUCAACCAGUCCCACAGGAUACAAAGUUCAUUCACACAAAGCCCAACAGGUUCGAGGAGGUAGCCUGGACAAAGUAUAACCCCAAAGACCAGCUCUACCUUCACAUUGGUCUCAAACCUCGGGUCCGUGACCACUACCGUGCCACCAAGGUUGCCUUCUGGCUGGAGCUGGUGCCUCAUCUUCACAACAUUAAUGAAUUCUUCCAGUACGUGUCAACCACCACUAAAAUACCUCCGCAAGACACCACGCCGUACCCUUACACCAAACGCUUCCCGGGAAAAAACAAUUGGCCCUCUACCACUCGCCACCCGGGGGUGCCAUCCGGCAACACCAAGCACACCACGGACCAGCGCAAAAGCGACGACCUCAUUGACGAGUCGACCGUGUUGAUCGAGACCAAGCGGGACUACUCCACCGAGCUGAGCGUCACCAUCGCUGUAGGCGCCUCCCUCCUGUUCUUGAACAUCCUAGCCUUCGCGGCGCUAUACUACAAAAAAGACAAGCGGCGUGCUGAUUCAACCCGCCACAUCCCCACCCCGCAGCAUAACUCCACGCCGGUCAAUGCGCCCGCCGCCGCCAACGACGUGUCCCACCUGCAGAGUGAGGAGUUGAUGACACUGCAGAUGAAGCAGCAGCAAUUGGAGCACGAGCACCAGCGCGAGGCCAUGCAGGUCCACGACACGCUGCGCCUCGCCUGCCCACCCGACUACAGCCUCACGUUGCGCCGUUCGCCCGACGACAUACCGCUGAUGACACCGAGCACCAUCACCAUGAUCCCUAACUCACUGGCUGGCAUGCAGCCUCUGCACAACUUCAAUACCGCUACUUUUGGGGGCAAUCAGAAUAGUACCAACCUGCCACAUGGCCACUCCACCACACGGGUAUAGCUCUGUUGGGAUCGAACCAUAGUGGAUUCCCACACAAACUGAUUUGACAAAGGCAAAUGGAAGCGAUGGACUACAUGAAGCACAGACUCCAACAUUUCAGAUAAAAGUUAUUUUGCUACGCUGCCUUCUUGACAAAGCAUAUAUAGGAGAAAUUGAUGUCUUUUUAACAAAGAAAAUAUGAAUUGUGAAUGUCACUGUAGUAAUAACGAUUUGGAGCUAAGCUUCAUGGAGCUUUAUCAAGAGAAGAACAAAGACAGCAAAUGACUGAGUUGCUACUUAUCUGAUAAAAAAAAAAAAAAAAAAAGCUAACUAAUGCAUUGCCACAAUGGACUUACAAAGAAACCCUCUGUGAUCUCCUUGUAUUGAUUUAAAUGUUUCAGACUCAUUACUGGGCAACAGGAAAGUAUUGACGUCAAAAGAAAAUAAAUACUUUUAAGAAAUGUCCUAUUGGUAUUUUUAGUUUGGCUGUUUUGUUAUGAGCUUUCUGUUGAGCUGUAAAUAUUGUAUAUAUAAGCACAGGUUAUCUUUCCCUCUUCAUUAUUUUUUUUUCUGCACAGCCAGCCGACUAAAAAAAAGAAAGAAAAAAAUCAGCCUUUGAAAGUGAGCAUAUAAGUAAGUAAUUUUUUUUGUGUGGAAUUCUUAUCUGCCAAUGCAGGAUGUCUGCAAGGAACUUUAAUCUCAAUUCCUGAUUAAGAAUGAGGACUACUCGAAUCUGCUGUUAGGUGUUUUUUUUUAUUUCAGCGUUGAUUUUGAAUUGUAUUUAUAUUAUUUAUUUCUGUCUGCUUCUCCAUUGUGGCCAGAAAUAUAUGAUUCCAUUUGUUUGUUUGUUUUUAAAGCGGUAUCAUUAUUAGUUGUCAAGGAAAAAUGUUGGAAUAUAUGUUACAUAGUUCAACUUUUACUCAUAUGCUAGCAAUAUGUAAAGUAUUGUGUGAGGCUUGUGAUAUAUUUUGGGUUACAAAGCAAGUGAAUGAAUGUAAAUAGUAUUCUAUUUAUUAUUAUAAAAUGAAAAGAGAAGAACUCAAUGUUAGUUUUGUUUUGCAUCUGUUAUGCUACCACUGGGAAGACGGGACGACUGCUAAAUCUAUUUAAGAAAAAAACUUUUGAAGAUGAAGACAUUUCAAAAUUGAUACUUUCUUAUAAAGUAUUAGUUUGCUAUUUUGCCUUAAGUGAUUAUAGAAAUACUAUUUCUGGCUGGA